AUUUAGGAAACUUUGACAAAGAAGACGCAAGAGUUCUUCUUCGUUCACUCCACCGUUGCCGGCGAUCGUCCAUGGCCGGCGCGUCGAUUGUUCCGAUGGGCGUCCUCAUCUCACCCUCCUCCGCCCUUAUGUCCCGAUCGCAUCCAUCACCGAGUCUUUCUCUCCUUCCGAGCCGUUACAUCAAUUUAUGUGACACCAGAGAUCAAUUCCUCACCGUUUCCUGCAGAAACUCGAGGAUCGGACUACAUGCAGAGAGAAAUUCAAAGCUCUUCAGAACAAAGGCAAUGGCUGCUACCUUUGGUUCGCGAUUGCAGGAAACCGUGAAGAAGACGGUUUGCGACAAUCCCGUCGUUGUGUACUCCAAAACGUGGUGUUCGUAUUCAUCCGAGGUCAAAACCUUAUUCAGACGGCUUGGAAUCGAACCACUUGUUAUAGAAUUGGACGAACUCGGGCCACAAGGACCACAAGUGCAGAAAGUGCUAAAAAGAAUAACCGGACAACAUACCGUCCCUAAUGUAUUUGUUGGAGGUAAGCACAUUGGCGGUUGUACAGACACAAUUAAGUUGUAUCAUAAAGGGGAGCUUCAGGCGUUGUUGUUAGAUGUUUGCACUAAGAAGUCUCAAAGCUAACCAUUUUGAGUUGACAUGGGUAAUAAAUAUAUCACUGAAAAGCAAUUUCCUGUCACCACCAUUUGUUCGAAUUAUCCAAUUAUUAGAUUUAGUUGAAGUACUUGUUGGAAUAUUAAAAAAAUUCUUCUUAA